AUGGCAAUAGUGCCUAGUAUGACAGGGCAAAUUUUUAGGUUUAAAUAUUUUUUUACCUCUAAAAAUUUUGCAAUGAUGAAGAAAGAAGUAAAAUUAAGGAUAAACAUCGAGAAAAUACUGGAAGCGUGCAACUCUAUUGCUAGCAAAGAGACAUCAGGCUUUAUAGGCAAUGGAGAUUCCACAGUUUAUAUGAGUGAGCUAAGAGCGAUAUUUAAUAAGGACAGUCUGGAAAUAGAAAGCGAGCAUAGUGCUGAGGAAAAGGAAAACCUUUUAAGCGCAAUUAAGAAAAAAAUAUUUCAGUAUUUUGCGUACAAUAAAUAUGGAAUGGAAGACAUGUCUAGUUUACAUGAAGCAUUAAUGAUCGGAAGGAAGGACUUAAUUACCAGUAGCUGCAUUCGCGUACUUAAUGGGCUCAUAAGGGAAAACCCAUUCAUAUACAACCCAAGACACGGAAUAAUCGGAAAGAUUGGUGCAGAUGGAGCACCAGAGACUAUAACUCUGAGUGAUGAUAAUCAGGACCUGAGCGAUAGAACAUGCUUGCUGGAGGUUGAUCUUACAAACUUUUCUGAUACAAAGAGCCUGCUUCAGUUCGCUUCAGAGGGUCUGGAUAGGGAGUCUUUCUCCUACAUUACUUUCACGGCGCAUCUAAUACGCAAUUCCAUGAAUAUGGAUGCAGGCAUUUUAAAAAAAUAUUCACCAGGACUUAAAGAGCGCACUCUGGACGAGCUAUAUACCAAGAAGCAUAAAGACACCGGUGUAGCACUGAUAGAUCACGGGAUGAACUUUUUCUACGAAAACUACUACAAAUUCCAGCGCUUGAUCAUCGACAUUAAAGGCAUGGAUGCCAAUUUGAACUCUGAUCUGGAAAUUGACCUGGAGGAAAUAGCUAAAAAAAUUGGCGAAGUAUUUACUUCUGAAGAAGACCUAGAAAUAUUUGUUUCCAUCAAAGACAAUCUAACAAAAGUUAGCUACGAAAAAGAGAUACAGAAGCAGACACUCAAAGCGAUAGAAUACAUGGCGAACAACGCUCUGUUCUCAAAAGAAGCAGACGGAUCUAUUAUCUUGAAGACAAGCAACAGUCUGAGUGAUUUUUACAGAAGGUAUAUUAAUAAGGAUUUACUAGAAGUAGUAAAGAAAAACAAAAAUAGGCUGAACGAAGAAAUAGAAGCAAAAUUUGCAUCUUUAGAAAAAGAGGAAGAAAUCUGCGAAGAAAAAGAAAGGCUUCUGCAGGAAAUGGCGAAUAAUGAAGACCCCCUCUCUUCUGAAGACAGCACCCAAGUAAAAGAAGCCUGGGAGAAAGCGUUGCAGGAAUGCAAAGUGCUUAUCAAAAAUUUAAGACAUGAAAUAUACUUGCUGCAGUGUGCUAUAAACAAAGAAAAUCUGGAACAUACAAGCAUUUUAAAACUUCUAGAUAACAUACCCUAUGCGACAUCGCCCUAUUUCAGCCCUACGCAAGAAGAGUACAUGUUUGAAAAGAUAAACGAGUUUGGAAGUGCGCUGAACAUAAAAGUGGUAACGAGCGAAGCAUCUGAAGUUUCUGAGGUAGAAGUGCCAGAAGAAACACAGGAAGAGAAUGCAGCAGCAAAAGAAAAGAACGCAGCAGAGGAAGUAUCUGAAGAAGAGCACCAGGUUCUAGAAGUAGAUAAUGGGUCUAAGAAAGGGAAAUUCUUCUCUCCAAGAAACAUGAAAGCAGAACUGGUUAAGUUUCUGCUCUUCGCUGCUUUUGCUAUAGCAGCACCAGUUCUAUUCCUCAGCUACUAUCCAAAGAACGAAGCACCGAAUGCUGCUGAAACCGAUGAGUGCGCUGACUUAGCGUGCCAUAAUCAGAAGCUACUCAAGAAACAUGAAGAAAUUUAA